AUGAGCUUUGAAGACAGUGAUGAUGAUGACGACUUAGGGUCUGGAACCGAGUUUAUUAUUCAAUCAAGAUCGAGAAGGUCUAAUGCUGGUAAUAAAUUGCAAAAGUUACUACAGCAGGAACUAAAAGAUAUAGAAUCAACCAAAAGACAGCUCUCGUCGUACAACAACGGCGAAGAUGAUGAUCAGGACGAAAUCGGAUUAUUAUUUCAGGAAGAUGAAGACGAUCAAGAUUUUGAAAUUGUAGAGAAAGACGACAACGAAGAGGGAGAAGAAGAGGAGGAGGAUGAGGAUGAGGCGGAAAGCAUAACGAAGGGACCCACCAAGGCUUCAAGUGAUCAAGCCGCCGAUGAUUUAAUGUUCAGUAGUAGUGAAUCAGAGGGUUCUAAUAAUGACGAGGAUGAUGAUGACGCGGAGGAAAGAGAAAUACGAAAACAAGAGCUACUGUCAAGAAAGAAAAGAAACAAGAAACUACAAAAGGGACCCGUAAUAGUCAAAAAGCAGAAAUCCAAAGUUGAACCUGCACGAGAACAAGCUACAAAAGGACAAACACCACGAAGAUCACACCAUAACCAUGAACAAUUGAAUGCUGAAACCUUAUUGUCAAACACAAGAAGAACUUCUAAGAGAUCUUCUGUCAUGGAAAAUACAAUGAAAGUUUAUGAGAAAUUGUCUAAAGCUGAAAAAAAGAGGAAAGUCAUACAAGAAAGAAUUAGAAAACACAAAGAACAAGAAGCCAAGUAUAUUUUAACUCAGGCGGAAAGGCUAAGAAUUGCUAAAGAAACUGAAAAGCUAAAUAUUCUGUCGUUAGACAAGUUCAAAGAACAGGAAAUCUGGAAAAAAGAAAAUCGACUAGCUUUACAAAAAAGACAAAAACUAAAAUUUCAACCAAAUGAAACCAUACUUCAGUUCUUAUCCACUGCGUGGUUAAUGACGCCACUGAUGGAAUUAGACGAUCGCAAAUAUUGGCAAGAACAAUUGAGUAAGCGUGACAAAAAGAAGAAGAAAUAUCCAAGAAAACCCAAGAAAACCCUCGGCUCCAACCAGCCAGAUGCACCAGAUGCUAAGAAAGGGGUAAGUGAAGUAUCGGUAAAGGAGGAAGACAAUACCAACCCUGCUGUAGAGAAAUCUUCGAAUGAAAAACAAACAACGACCACGGGAGGCGAAAUCCCUUCUACUAACGAAAAGGUUGUUGAAGAAACGCUGACAGAGGCACCCAUACCAACAGCGCCAUCUGAAGAACCAACAACAAGCUCAACACCAGAAAUAACACUAGAUGCAACCACAGGAAAGCAAGCCACAAAUGAUGUGACCACUAACAACCUGCCAGAAGAAGACAUAGUGGACACUGUGGAUAUAAUCACAAGCGCCAACGACACACAGACUAAAGAUACAACGAUGGACGACUUGACGAAUACCUUAAGAAAUAAAGAGACGGGUCCUACAGAUUUAUCCCGUGAUGACAAAACAGCAUUUCAAAAAGAAAAUGAAUUGCUUACAUCUCCACAACGGCACGGUACUCCCAUUGAAGACGCUGAGUUGACCUCUAAGGAUUUUAACGCUGAAAAUGAGAUUUUGCUCAGUGUCAAACACGAAAAUACCAAGAAUUCGUCUGUUAGCCCCUCACAUGAUAGUGAUUCUGGAAGCAACACUUUAAAGCAAGUUACAUUCACGGAUUCUCCCCAGGUGGCCAUCAUUGACACUGAGGAGUCACCUUCAAAAACAAAUACCACUAACAUGGAUAGCUCGUCCACCGAAAAUCCCUUACCAACGCCAGUAUACGAAGGUCCAGAACAGUUGACUUCCAGAAAUUUUGUCACAAUUUAUGAUUUCCCCAAUACGCCACCGAACUUGAAGGAUUUUGAUACAAACUUAUUUGGUUCUCAGUGGUCUCAUAUGAACGCCACAUCCACAACGCAGAGAUCACAGGAUAUACAGACCAUUUUUCACUCUAUUUUACCCUCACCAUCUCAGUUAUCAGUACCGUCCUCCUCUAAUGUGGGCAUAUCGCAUGAUUUAUCAGCGCUAGCCAAUUUUCCAUCUUUUGGUGAAUACGAUAAAAAAAUCAUUCAUGAAAUAAACACAGAGACAAAUAAGGAUUUGGAGAUUAAGAUCAAAACGCAGCCUCCAACUGGUGUCUUCUUGGCCAAUGGUAUAAGAAAAAAAUGUCUGAUCACAAAUAAAGAAUGUCAGUACUUCGAUCCAAGAACUGGUGUGCCAUAUUCUGAUGUGGAAGCUUAUAAGAUUAUUCAACAAAUUCAGGAUCCCAUCCCUAAGGAAGAGGAAACAACAGAUACCAAACGCGAUGAAACCAUAAACGAUGAUACUGCCGAAGCUGCUGAUCAUGCAAGAUUUAAAUGGUUUGGAUUCAAGAAUGGUGGUAUUUAUCUUGAUUUAAAUCAAAGGCCCGCCAAGGGUGUUCCUAAGGGGUUUUGA